GGAAUACCUAGUGUUUGGACUGUACCUUCCUCGGACACCACGCUCUCAACAGCGUGCGCCUGCGACUCGAACACGGUCGAUCUAGCCAUCGGUUCUCGAUGUCACUUCUCAUUUGGCAACGUACAACCAACAACAUGGUGCGCAUUGCCGCGAUCGCUGCCGUCGCCACGUCGGCAUCCGCCACCACCAUCUCCGAGAGCACCUUUCGUGCCCUGGAAACGCAUGGGGUCGUCGAUGUCUUGGUCACCUACAAGGCCGGCGUCGGACUCACUACGCUCAACACCGAGUCAUUGCCGCGGAAAGCCCGCGCCCAACAAGUGUUUAACACGUUGACGAAUGAAAACUUCGCCAUCACCGAGUCCGCUGUGGAGGUCGCCAGAGCCGCCGGCGUCAAGUACACCCAAUUCUGGAUCGACUCCGUGGUCGCAGUCGAAGGUGCCAACGAGGAACUCGUCACCAAGUUGGGUGCCCUCCCGAACGUCGUCAGGGUGUCCCCCGUGGAAGAGUACGAGGCGCCAACCUUCGAUGUCGACAUCGUCGCGACCAACGAAUGGGGUCUUGAGAAAAUCGGCGUUCCCGCAGCCUGGGCCCGCGGCAACAAAGGCAAGGGCAUCGUCGUCGCUAAUAUCGACACUGGUGUCCGCGGCACGCACGAAGCGCUCAAGGGCAACUUCCGCGCCUUGAACGGCUGGUACGAUCCCUCCACGAACUCGUUGGCUCCCACCGACCACAAAGGCCACGGAACCCACACAAUGGGGACAAUAGUCGGUAUCAACGGCAUUGGAGUCGCCCCGGAAGCCCAAUGGAUUGCGUGCGGCGCGUGCCCUGGCAAGUGCUCUCAAACUCUCUACUUAAAAUGCGCCCAAUUCAUCCUGUGCCCAACCGACACGAAUGGCCAAAACCCCGACUGCUCGCUGGCACCUCACGUCGUCAACAACUCAUGGAGCACCCGUCAAAACGGCAAAACGUGGUUCGAAGCGUCGAUCCUUGCCUGGCGUGCGGCCGGCAUCAUUCCCGUGUUCUCGAACGGGAACUAUGGUCCCAAUUGCAGUACUGUUGGCUCCCCGAGUGACUCCCCCUCAGUCAUUAGUGUCGGUGCCACGAACAAAGCUGAUGCGUUGGCCACAUUCAGCGCGAGGGGCCCAGACCCGCUCCAACAGCGAAUCAAGCCGGAUGUGUCGGCCCCCGGUACUAUGAUUCGUUCGGCUGGUUCAUCCAGCGAUACCGCGUACGUCACGAAGUCUGGUACGUCCAUGGCCGCCCCCCACGUCACCGGUACCAUCGCUCUGAUCUUGAACGCCCACCCUGGUGCGACGUACGACACCGUGUACAAAAUGAUCGCUGACACGGUCGAUACGAGCUCGUUGACGAUAUCCACGGCUAAUUGCGGAGGUGUGGACAACACCAAGUACCCCAACAACGACUAUGGGUACGGCCGUAUUAACGCCAACAAGGCGUCCGCCCCGGCCCCGACUCCCGAUCCCACCACGACCACGAGCUAAAUGCACAGACAUGUCCGAGGUGGUUUCACCCGCACACUGCUUCGGCAGCGUGUGUCGAUGUUUAAAUGAACUGUUGUUUGAUCGAAAGAACCGAUGGUGCAUCUGCG